AUGGAAUAUUUUGUUCCGCAAUGCCACAUUGUUAUUGAAUAGGCUGCUUUGAGAGAAACCAUUGAGCAUUAAUAGGUCUAACAAAAAGAAAUGCAGUUGGCUUAGUUAUAUAGGUAUGCAACUCAUCAUCAUUCACAUCAUCAUAAUAAUUACGUUCUAGCGUAAAGGCUGAUUUAAGAGUUGAUUUGUCACUUCAGAGACUAAAAAAUGUAUAGAUUUUUAAUAGAGUAAUAAAUAAUGUGAAAUUUUAGGUUGGUUUAAAAGUUAAUAACUAAAGCAGACAUUAUAUAAUACACUAAUAGAAAUAUCAGAAAUUUGAAACCAAACCUUGCUAGCCAAAUAGCUUCUCUAGAGUAUGCAGCUAUUACCAUUAAUAAUUUUCCAUAACUUAUUGCAUUAAGAGAUAUUAUUAUAGGGUAUUUUUAAACAACCUUCCAGACUCCUCCUUUUAUAAUAAACUAAUAUCUUAUAGAUCUAUUUAAUGAGCAAUUUAUUAAAGACAUCUACUUGACAUAGUUUAAUCAAACACAUUAAAUUCAACUUAUCAAUUAUGGGCAUCCUUAUACAACUAAUUAUUCAGCUUUCACAUUUUAUCUAUAUGAUGAUGACCUUUAUUCUCCGGCUCAAACUCAAGUAAAUACUAUUGUUGUAACUUCAUAAUACAAUUAUCAAUAACCAUCUUAAAAUCCUUAUUCAUCAUACCCACCAAAUCAACAACAAUUAAACAUGACCGAUUCACAAUAUCAAAAACAUUAAUCCCAAUAAAAUACAUAUUAAUAAUAACAGCCUUAAUAGAUAACUUACAAUAAUUAUAGCAAUUAAAGUAUCUAUGGUCAACCUUCAAAUCCAUAUUCGAGUGUUCCUCAACCAUCAAUAUAAGGCUAUUCCAAUAAUAGUCAAAAUUAAGCAAAUCCCUACUCUUCUCCUCCAUAACCACCAAUAGUAGGGUAUCAAUAGACAUCAACUUACAAUUAUAACAAUUAAACAACAGCUUAAACACAGUAGUACUAACCAGUCCCACCUUAGUCAGCUCUAAAUUAAGGUUACCCAAAUUAUUAACCUCAACCCUCAGGGUAUUAAAAUUCCACUUAGCCUCCAGGAUAUUAAAAUCCCUCAUAAAUCCCAAGUUAUUAGAAUCCCUUAUAGUCCCCAGGAUAUUAAAAUCCCUCUUAAAAUCCAGGAUAUUAAAAUCCCUUAUAGUCCCCAGGAUAUUAAGAUCCCUCUUAAAUUCCAGGAUAUUAAAAUCCCUCUUAAUCCCCAGGAUACUAAGAUCCCUCUUAAAUUCCAGGAUAUUAAAAUCCCUUAUAGUCCCCAGGAUACUAAGAUCCAUCUUAAAUUNUAUUUAUCCCAAUAUUAUGA